UGCCCGCUCGGUUAAGGGGCGUGUGCGCACUCCCGAGACACCAGGAAAUAUGGCGGCGCUGAUGACUCUCAGUCAGUUAUCAAGCGGAACCCCAGCCUAUGAGAACUACUACAGGCAGCUGGAUCCGGGGAACACAGGCAGAAUAUCAGCUGGAGAUGCAGCUCAGUUCCUUAAGAAGUCAGGGCUGUCAGACAGUACACUGGGGAAGAUUUGGGAUUUGGCAGAUUCUGAAAGAAGAGGCUAUUUGGACAAGCGGGGUUUCUUCAUAGCGUUGAGACUGGUGGCGUCAGCCCAGUGUGGAAAUGAUAUUAGCCUCAACAACCUCAACCAAAACUUAGCUGCACCCAAAUUUAAAGACACUAGCAGCCCAUUGUUAAAUGUUUCAACGACAGGACCUGACUCACAGUGGGGAAUUAGGCCUGAUGAAAAAGGAAAGUUUGAGGGCAUAUUUGAGAGUCUGUCCCCUGUGAAUGGUCUCCUACCCGGUGAUAAAGUCAGGCCAGUUUUGAUCAACUCCAAGCUACCUCUGGAUGUGUUAGGAAAGAUUUGGGACCUGAGUGAUGUUGACAAAGAUGGACAGUUGGACAAAGAUGAAUUCACAGUGGCCAUGCAUCUUGUGUAUCGUGCAAUGGAGAAGGAGCCUGUUCCAACCACCUUACCUACUUCCCUCAUCCCCCCUUCUAAAAGGAAGAAGUUUGCAGGUGCCCUGCCAGGUGCCGUGGCUGUGCUGCCUGCUCUGUCCGGGCUUAUGGCUGGCACAGCUCCUCUUAAGGAGUCCUUGCGAAGCACUCCUCCUCUGGGCAGCACUAACCUCCUCGCCACCAGUACCGUCAACCUUUCUCCAAAACACUCCUUUAAAUCCAGCUCACCGGCAGCGGUAAACUGGGUAGUACCGGUGGCCGACAGGGAGAGGUAUGAUGAACUCUUCAAGAAAACAGACACCGACAAUGACGGCCUCGUUAAUGGAACUGAGGUCAUAGAGAUCUUCAUGCUGUCCAGUCUCUCCCAGACUAUGCUGGCACAGAUAUGGGGACUUGCUGAUACUAAACAGACUGGCAAGCUAACCCGGGAGCAGUUCUCUCUGGCCAUGUAUCUGAUCCAGCAGAAGACCACUAAAGGUGUAGACCCUCCAUCCACACUAACCCCAGACAUGAUUCCCCCAUCAGAAAGGACUGCAGCUUCAGCGGCGGGCCCUAGCUAUGUGGGGCUUAUGUCAGCUGUGAGACCUGAACUUGAUGCAUUUGCAAAUAUGCGCAGAGACAGCACCAGCUCCACGGGGUCGGCCGAGCUGACGGGCAUCAAAGAGCUGGAUGACCUCAGCCAGGAAAUCGCUCAGCUGCAGAGAGAGAAAUUCAUUCUGGAGCAGGAGAUCAGGGAAAAGGAAGAAGUCAUCAGACAUCAAAAUAGUGAAGUUCAGGACAUGCAGAACGGCUUGGACAGGGAGAGCAGCAGCCUGCACGACCUGGAGUCACAGAAGCAGGAUGCCCAGGAACGUCUGGAGGAGAUGGACCAGCAGCGCUCCAAGCUAGAGGGAAUGCUCAACGAUGUCAAGCAGAAAUGCCAGGAAGAGUCCCAGAUGAUCUCGUCCAUGCAGAGCCAGAUCCGCUCUCAGGAGACCGACCUCCGGAGCCAGGAGGAUGAGCUGAGCCGCACCAAGGCGGACCUGAGCCGGCUGCAGGAGGAGGAGGCCCAGCUGGAGCAGAGCCUGCUCUCUGGUCGUGUUCAGUUGGACAGCAUCAUUAAGUCGCUCAAAACCACUCAGGAAGAGAUCAACCAGGCUCGGAGUAAGCUGUCGUUGAUCCAGGAUAGCCAAAAGGAGAUGACCAAAACCAUUGAGCAAUACAACAGCGCUUUGAGCGACAUCAAUGGAGGAAACUUAAGCAAUCUGCCGGACUUGAGUGAAGGUUUUGCUGAGAAGGAGAACGGCGGUUUCAGAAGUGCGGAUGAUUCUUUCAAGUCAAAGAUAGCCAUGUUCAACAACAGCAGUGCUAAAGAGUCUCUAGCAGACCCCUUCCAGACAGAGGACCCCUUCAAGUCCGACCCCUUCAAAGAUCCAUUUGGAGAUCCUUUCAAAGAAAGCGACCCCUUCAAAGGCACCUCACCUGAAGAUUUUUUUAAGAAAACAGACAAGACAGACCUGUUUGGAUCCUCAGACCCCUUCGGUAGAAAACCCACACUGCCAGCCAAGCCAAGUGCCUUCAGCAGUGGUGACCCUUUCUCGUCAAACAGCCCAAAACCAAAGGAUACAGAUGUGUUUGGGACAGCGGACCCCUUUGGAAGCAACUCUUUUGGAAGCAAGGGGGGUGGAUUUGCCGACUUCAGUCAGAUGUCAAAGAAGUCGGACAACCCUGUGCUCCCAUCAAAGAAAAAUGUGCCUAACCGGCCUGCACCUCCAUAUGGUAUGCUCAGUUUGACUGCAUCAGAGCCGUUCCAGAACGUUUGCUCCACAGCAGACAGUAAAGACUCUUUUGUUGUGACACACUCGAGUAAAACAUCCAAAGAGUGCCCUGUGGGUUUUGCAGAUUUUGGUUUUUUUGGAAGUGAGAACCAGCAGCUGGACUGGGCCAAGAGGGAAAGCGAGCGUGAGGAGCAGGAGAGGCUAAGGAGGUUGCGGCUCCAGGAGCAACAGGACCUGGAGCUGGCCAUCGCUCUCAGCAGGGCCAACAUGCCCAGCUCCUGACCAGGCAUGCCCCACCACAGCUUUUAGUCCUCCAUCUUCUGUCUUACAGUCCUCCAUCCGUCCGCAGGCUCAUGACAACAGCACUGACACUGGCCUGACAUGACUAGCAGCCCCUGUUACCAAUUUGUGUAAGAGACCAGUGAUUCUCCAACCAUGACUGGACUCAUGUCAAAUGACUCCACAUUUAGCAACCAGUUAAGGUUCAUUGCUCCCAAACUACAUGGCAACUAUAAUCAAGGACAAUACGGAGCCACUUGAUUUAAGCCUGGCUUCAUCCUGCAGGAACAUAACGAUUUAACGCAACCCGAACCAGCAGGGUACCCGACUACAACCUAUAUCUUUCUAGAUAUCUCGUUAUGGCUAAUCACCCUGACUUAUCCAAAAACCUUUCUGUUGCAAGAAAAUAAUAACCUUUUAACUUUAUUUUACUGUUUUAUUUAUAUUCAAAAGUAAUGACUAUUGGGUGUAUGAAUUACUUGUAAGAUGCGCUGUAUAAACAGUUUUAUAUACCUUUAACUACUCAAAAAAAAAAUCAUUGAAAGUCAAACCAUAUACGCUAACUACUCUGUUGGCUUAUGAUUGAGUUUGUCCAAUUUCAAAUGUUUUUUGGGUUUUGUGAAGAAACUCCUUCAUGUACUGUAAAUAUUAUUAGAUUUUGGUUUUAUGUACAAGCCGUAGUAAAAAAAAACCUAAAGGACGAGCUAAGUGAUCAGAUCAUCAUGGCAUGAUUUAAAUUUUUAUUUCAAAUGUUACAAGUGUUUCAUGCCAUUUAUGCCUGCGUAUUGAUUAUUUAUGGCCUUAAAGUACAUGGAGUGAUAUAUAUAUAUAUAUAUAUAUACAUAUUUCAAUAUAAUAAAAUCCUCAACAGGGUUAUACAUGUCAAAGUAGAAAUGUGAUGUUUUGGGAAUCCCUCAUAAGCAUUUUAGUUCUAACAUUGGUUAAAUGUGAUUCAGCCCCAAAUCGUCAGUCGCCUCUUAUAUUUACAAUAAUUAAGAUGCUAGCGAUAAUCACUGAGUUCUUCCUUCCUUAUAAACAAGGAUCAGUCGACCUGGAGCGCUGUUGCACCAUCCCGCUGAUGUCAACAGCUUGUGUUUGUCAGAUGGUUUAUCAUUGGUUGCCUUGUUGUAACGCCCAAACAACAACUUGCACUCCCAUACAACUAAAAGCCUCUAUAAAAUGGAAAUAGUGUGAACCUACAUUGUUUAUACUGGUGCUGUUACACAUAGCUUUGUUCUUUUUACCUCUUCACACUACCACUGAUACACGUGACAUCUGCUUCUAAUUUUUUACAUUUUUCUCAACACUCAAAUCAACCAUUGGAUCUCUUUAUUUGUCUGUGGACUUUCUUUUUUUCCUGUUCAUUAAUGUCUCACGAUUCAGUUGGAGGACAUUUGUUAAAAAUGCCUUGAAAUAUUGCAUCAUUGUAAUUAUCUAACACUAAUCAGGUUUAUUCGGCACAUAAUGUAUGCACUGUAUAUUCCAGAGCUUACUGGACAUAUACAGAGUGACAGCGCCUUAUUUAUCAACAUAUCAGCAUUGUAACAUGUAAUAUUGCACAGUAUGUAUGUGAUUAUAAAAAAGUUGCUCAAAACCGUAAUGACUUUUAAUUGAAUAAAAGUGAUUUUUAACAUUC